AUUACUCCAUAUGAAUACAUGUAAUUUAGGUGUUAUAAUUUGAAGAUCGGAAAUUGAUGAAAAGACAAGCACUAAUCGGAAACGAUUCUAUUUUACAGGAAAAAAACAAGGCGUUGGUUAGCUGGUACAGUAGUAUAUUUCUUCCUCUGCUAUCUCUUUCUCUCUCUCUUCCCCAUCUCUGUUCACUGUUCUUAAGACUCAAAUUCAAAGUCAUAUCCAAUAUUUUAAUGCCAACACAAUUGAAGUAUAAAUCUCAAUCUACUCUUUCUGUAAUUCAUCUUUGAUUACUUGUUAACUUAAUUAAUUCAUUCUGCUCACCUACCCACAUACCUCAGGACAUCUACCCUCCAAAAAAGAUUAUACUUUUCUGAAACCUUUUUAUUUCUUCAUUACCAAAUUAAUUGCUUGAUUAUAAUCACCCUAAACAAGAACAGAUUUCUUACAAAGUGGGUCCAAUUUCAGUUUUCUCCCCACAUUUUUUUUCUGAACAAUGCUGAAUUGGGUACCUCAAAAACCCCACCAAAAUCAAUUCUAUUCUUUCUGGGUAUUCCAGUUUAAGCCUUUAGAUUGAAGAUUCUUUGAUUUUUUUACCUAAAUUAUGGCUCUAAAAGCUGAUACAAUCAUUUUGGGAUGUGGGGUUCUUUCAUCAUCUCAUGAUUUGGGCACUAUCCCUUGUUUUGGAGGGUUGAAAUUUAGGAAAGAUCUUAAGAAAUUAGGGAAGUGGGAGUGUUGUUGUAGUGUUUCAGGACAAAGGGCAAUCACCCCUGUUGAAGAUGAGAAGCCAUUGAAGCCUGGGCCCACUGCUGCUGAACCUCAAUCUUCUGGGGUGGUUCAAAGAACUGAGCAUACUGGCUUUCAUAGGGAUUUGAAUUCCCUUCCUAAACCAUUGUCUGCAACUGAUCUCACUUUGUCUCGCAAUGGUGGCGCAAAAGUCCGGGUUGCUUAUCAAGGGAUACCAGGAUCGUAUAGUGAGGAUGCUGCUCUAAAAGCAUAUCCAAAUUGUGAGACUGUUCCUUGUGACGGAUUUGAAGCUGCUUUCAAGGCAGUUGAACUGUGGUUAGUGGAUAGAGCAGUUAUACCUAUUGAGAAUUCUGUGGCUGGUAGUAUUCACCGCAAUUAUGAUUUACUCCUCCGGCAUAGGCUACAUAUAGUGGGCGAGGUUCAGUUAGAUGUUAACCAUUGUUUGAUGGGAUUGCCUGGGAUCAGAAAAGAGGAUCUAAAGCGUGUAUUGAGUCAUCCUCAGGCCCUUGAUCAGUGUGAAAAGACUCUAAGCGACUUGGGCCUUAUUAGAAUUAGUGCUGCUGAUGCUGCUGGUGCUGCACAGGCUGUAGCUUCAGAGCGUGAAAGAGAUACAGGGGCAGUGGCUAGUGCUCGUGCUGCAGCUAUAUAUGGCCUUAAUAUUCUUGAAGAAAGAAUACAGGAUGAUGAUGAUAAUGUUACCCGUUUUAUGAUCCUUGCAAGAGAGCCUAUUAUUCCGGGCACAGACAAGCCAUAUAAGACAAGUAUUGUUUUCUCUUUGGAGGAAGGUCCUGGUGUACUCUUCAAGGCCUUGGCAGCAUUUGCCCUUCGUAAUAUCAAUUUAACAAAGAUUGAGAGCAGACCGCAAAGGAAGCGUCCACUUCGCAUAGUAGAUGACUCAAAUAAGGGGAGUCCAAAAUACUUUGACUACCUUUUCUACAUCGACUUUCAAGCAUCGAUGGCAGCACCUGAAGCCCAAUUUGCUUUGGGGCAUCUGCAGGAAUUUGCUAGCUUUCUUCGAGUCCUUGGUAGUUAUCCUAUGGAUUGCCAACAACAGCCUAAUUGAUUAGUCAUGCGAGCUAGAAAAAGGUCGCCAAUUCAUUUUUCACCGCGUACAUAUGUUUCUCCUCAUUGACGUGAGCUAGAGCUUGCUGAUGCAGCUUAUUUCUUGUCUCUGUGUAUUCACUCCAUUCUUUUGUUGCUUUUAAGGUUAAAAGCUUUUUUUUUUUUCCCUAAAUUAUUCUUAUUUAUCUAUGUUUUAAAAAAAAACAAGUCCAUAAGCUGCUGCAGGUCAUGUUCAAAGGGGAAGGCAAACAGGACUCCUUUAGAACAGGAAACUGUUAUUAGCUUCCGAAUAUUUAUUGAACUACUAAUUGUACAUUAUUAGUUAAUGACCACAGUAAAAAAAAUGCAAAUUA